AUGCACCUUCUCAAAAUUCCUCGACCUUCCUCCAGCUAUUCUUUAUCCUCAGCAUCUACUGUAUUGACCCCUCCUUCGCCCAUUGAGCCCUCAUCAUCUAGUACCCCACAUGACCAGGAGUGCACCGGCCAGUGCAUCAUACAUGGCCACUCACAAGAUCGCCGACUUCAUGUACCACCCCCAGCGCCGGCAAAGUCCCAGCAACCACAAUAUUUCAAUCUUCAGCCCCUUGCCCUACAGAAACAAGACCUUGAGCCACCAUUCACCACCAUCACUCAGACAAGUUUAGGCUCUGAAGAAUCCAACUACACGAAUCAAAUCACGGGGGCAACUUUAAGUACAGCUACACCCCCUACGACAGUAUCAAGGCCUCGAGUCUAUCAACAUGCCCGUCAGAGUUCUCAUGAGACCCUUAAAUUCAGGAAACCAAUUAAAGAGCCUCAUAGUAGUCUACCGAUAUCGAGCAUGCGUUCCAAUAUCGUGCGCCGCUUCACAGCCAGUCCAGAUGUACCCACGAAAACAACAGGCCUGGCAUCGCUUUCAGAAACGGUUGAAUGUGGCUCAGUGACCGCCCCCGAAUCCACAGCCUCAAGUAUCAUUUUUACUCCAGACACGUCAACAACAAGCAAGGCUCCGACCAAUUUGAGUCAAGGGAUGACUCUCGCAGCUUCAACCGCUAAUCCCACUGAUGUGGCCCUUGCUUUUGCGCCCCCGAAGGGUUAUUCAGAAAGCAUGGCGACCGAAGACUCCAAAUUGCUCGAGGCUUGCGAAGAGAAAGAAAAGAUACAAUCAAUAAAGCCACCAUCAGAAAUCAUUCUAACCGAAGCUUCUAAGCAGCAAGAGCAUGUGCCUUUGGGUUCGAAACUUCGCGAAUUCGUCAAUCCGCCCAAGACAUGGAAGCGAAGAGCAGCCUUACAAAAGCAUAUUGUAGAAGAAGACGUUGAGGAUGAACUCGAAUGCAUCACUGUUCCCGAAGUUAGAUAA